AUGGUCAUUGUCAGCACCGUAAUUUAUGGUCAGGACUCUUCGGAUGAUUCAACGACGACUACAUUGCGGCCAGUGUCAUUUCUGUUUUACACGCUAGAGUCGAUCUUUAAUAUGUUCUGUUUGGCUUAUCACAUCAAGGGAUUUAUGGCUGUAGAUUUGUAUAUGUUGUCCUGGGAUAGGCAUCUCGUUUUCUAUGUUUACUUGGUGACCUUUUACGUGUUCAUGGUGAUCACGCUCUUCCAGAGCAUCAAUAUCUGCUCGGGUCAUAAUCCCACCAUUGGCAUGGAGAUCUUUAAAUCCUGCCUAGCCUCAGUAGGAUUUAUAUCGAUCUCCAUCCUAACAAUGUGGGAUGCGGAACGUGACUUUCAUUUGAUGUACAGUGGCCGUGAACCCGUGGAUGGUGUCUAUGAGACGGAUAGGCCCGUUCAUCCUUUCUCGGCAUUUCUCCUUUAUCAAUCCGUUGCCUCACUGGCCUGCGGCAUUCUCUACAUGCUGCACGCCACCAUCCUAAUAGAUGUUAAGCUAACAGCCGUGAACAAGGUGCUGACAGAGGGGGAAGACUCCAUGUACAUGGCCAUCCAUAUCUACGUCCUUGGUGAAUAUGUUCAAACAAAGCUAGAGAAAUACCCAUGGUUUUACGAUUUCUGCUCAAACCAACGCAUUGAAAUCUAA